AUGUCCGGCUGCAUGUUACAGCUGGCGCAGCGAGCGCCGGGCUCUCCUCGCUCAGCAGCUCUGACUAGCAUGACCUGUGUCCGGCAGAGCUGGCGCUCCCUGUCGCGGACCAGCUCCGUCAGAAGCGUCAACGGCGGACGGUACGACGCCUCGAAGCUGAUCGCCGCCACGGAGCUCGAGGACUCUGCCAGCGACGCCAGCCCAAACCGCAAAGCUGCAAAACACUGGCGUUCAACCGGACGCAGCGCCACCACGGUGAUAUCCCACGACCGGCGACGCGGAGCUGAUAAAGCCUCGCCCGGCGUCGACCGGCGCCUAGUCACCGUACGAUUCUGGGCGGCGUACGUGCCGUGCGAGAGCCAGUGGCUGGAUGCCGUGCCCAUGAGCGUGGAGCAGAUAGACGUGGUGCGCCGCCUGGUGGACAAGUACCCGCACUACCUGAGCCUAGCCACCAGCGCGCAAGACAUCGUGGAGGCGCACCGCCGGGGCCGGAUAGCCAGCCUGCUGGGGGUGGAGGGCGGCCACUCCCUGGGCAGCCGGCUGGCUGUCCUGCGCACCUUCUACCAGUCUGGCGUGCGCUACCUCACCCUGACGCACACCUGCGACACGCCCUGGGCAACUUCAUCCGCAACUGAGGGUGACGGAGAACAUGUAGCCAGGGGCCUAAACGACUUCGGAAAGGCGGUCGUACACGAGAUGAAUCGGCUCGGCAUGAUCGUCGACCUGAGUCACACGAGUCGCCAGACGACGAUGGACGCGCUGCGGGCCUCGCGCGCGCCUGUCAUCUUCUCCCACUCGUCAGCCCAGGCGCUCUGCAACACGUCGAGGAACGUGCCGGACGAUGUGCUGAAGAAGGUGACACGGAACGGCGGACUGGUCAUGGUGAACUUUUACUCGGAGUUUAUCAGCUGCGACCACAACGCCACUCUCUUGGAUGUGGUUGCUCACCUUAACUACAUACGGGCUGUAGCGGGCAUCGACCACGUCGGUUUGGGUGCUGGUUACGACGGGAUCAACUGGACCCCUCGCGGUCUGGAGGACGUCUCGAUGUACCCGCAUCUGUUCGCUGAGCUCCUGAUGGACGCUUCUUGGACGGAGAUGGACCUCAAGAAGCUGGCAGGACUAAACUUCCUUCGGGUCUUUCGGCAGGUGGAGGAGGUGAGCCGCCAGAUGACCGCCGAGCAGGUGACUGCCAGCGAGGAGCGCGUCGACCCCCGCCAGCUGCUCUUCUCCAGCGCCGCCCGCUGCAGCUACGACCUCACCGAGGCGCUCAGCAAACGCGCACCGAAGAGCACAGAGUUGUGAUGCGCUCGGUGUGAUGCGCUCGGCAGACGGCCGUCCGCGGUACGCGGCCCUGGACAUGACGUCACAGUUCAGACCGCCGCGGAACAGCGGCCAGUCAGCGACCAAAACUGUGGCAAAGCGUCGAGUAGUGACGUCACAGCCUGGCGCGAUGACUAAGCGUGAGGUGACGCAACUCUGGUGCUUGGCAGGCGUGAAGUGACACGUUUGUUUGGGCAUCUGAUGCGUUUGUUCCGGUGUUUUCUACGUGUCAGAGACGGCACGAUUGGUUCCGGCGCGUGCUUCGGUGUACGUCGUUCAAGCAGUUCCAUCCCUUUUCCAGAUCACCCAAAAAGUGACUAGCGAAACGUGUGCGGCUCAGCACGCAUGGGAAACUGUCUGUGUAUGCUAGUCGGGAGUAAGUGGUUCAGGCACUUGUGAAUUUUGUUUUUUUCUUGGAUGAUGACGUCAUCUGAGAGCAUCGCCUGAGGACAAUGCGCUUCCUUACCACAAUCACGCCAUGUGCUAUGAUGUGACGAAUGACUGCAAUGGUUAGGGGACAAAGAAAGAGUAGAUGUGAAGAACAGGGAGAAAGAGAGAUGAAGAGUGGGGGAGAUAGAGAGAAGAGAUAGUCACCGCGCGAGCAGGAGAUAAAAUGGAGGGAUGAAGAGGUAAAAGAAAAAGCAAAAGCGAUAGCGAUAGAAGGAUAGGUGUGAUUGUGCACUGGCUGCAAACAUGCUUUAAAAAGCGGCAGUGUUUUAAGGACAUGAAACCUAGGCGGCCCAAAUUGUGUAUACAACACUUCACAUGACAGUGUGUCUUAUGAGCCUUUGUUUUGCAACGGGCUUGUGUAUCUAAACUUGCGCUCUCAGCCAAAUGACAUUUAUGGUUUUGUAUUGACCAGUUCAAGAAACCGAGAGUGAAUAUCAUGCAAAAACUCUAGUUGGAAGCUGAUAGCUCCUUCAAAUAUAUAAUAGCCAUUGCUCUUCCAAACUCGCCGUGGGAAAGCUGACAUUACCUAACAGUGGUGUUGUCAUCUGAACAGUGGGAUGUUUCCAAAUGAUCAUGCAGCCUGGGACUGACUUACGCUCAAACAUCCCUGUAAAGUAAAGGAAUGCCUUAUGGCAAGUGUUCCCUAAUCGCCCUGGCAUACAACGUGCCGGUCACCCCAUACGAAAUGUCAGUGAGCAGAAGGCGAUGGAAAUGGGAAACAGUUCUGUAAACUCCGGUCGGGUCGUUAUGCUGCUGUUGAGACGAGUAGGUCAAGGGAUCAGCAGAGCGCGUGGCUGAUUCUGUUCAAUUUCCUGCUUUAGCGUCUUGUCGGGGGCAGUUGCCUUUGGCAAUUUGUGCCCAUCAACCACUGCUGUACCGACGAAACAUUCCAGAAUACGUAUUUUCCCUCACGUGUGAGUUGUAAAUAUGCGGUAAUUUUACGGCAGCUUGGGUACAAAGCCCUUACUCAAAUUUAACCCAUGACAUGGCACGUUGGACUUGUGUUCAGGUUUGGAAUCACCACAGACGUUUGUAACAACUCACCCACGAGCUCACCAGGCCUACGAUUGUAUGUGGCUCAUUGUGCCAAUGAGCAUGGCAUGCUGUUUCCUCACUCAAUAAGUGACAAUAUGUCUGAAAGCGGGAAGGGAUCAAAUUUACUAAUUGCGUUCCAUUGCUCUGGCAUGACCCAGCAAAGGCGACCCGUACUGGUAUUUCAGUGGCGCUAAUGUCAUGAUGUCAUACGCGGGUCAUAAUGUCAUAAUGUCAUACGCGGGUCAUGAUGUCAUAGCGUCAUACGUGGGCCAUACGAUGAUGCUCUCUUUUUUGGCUAUAGAACGGAAGUUUUCAAGUAAGCAAGGUCUGUGAAGUGAAGCGAAGAUGAAAAAGCCCACACCUGGUGGGAGAUGGUCUCCCUAUCACCAAACAGUCAUGACCACAUUUUGGGGUCGCCUCCUUACCCUCACAUAGCUCCUUAGUACCCUAAAUCCCAUUCGUCAGUGUGGUAGGGCAAUUGUCGAAAAAACGGUAUUGUGAUAUAGAGCGCCAUGGAAGGGGUUUAACGAGAAAUAUAAGUUUUUAAUAGACAAAAUCAUGCUUAAGUUGGCAGCCAUCUCUACAUAAUAAUGUCUAUGAAAUAUAUUUUCGGGGUUUCGAAAGAUCCGUUUUCAACUUGUAACUCAUUUUAACCUAACUUGUUGACCUAAAGGUAUGAGUAUUGAUGCACUGAUUCAGUUUAUUUGCUACCAUAGGAGCUGAGCUACGCAGUCAUUCAUUUCAUAUUUAAUUUUUCACGCCUCGUUUUUGUCACCAUAUGAAGUGCUCCUCUCUUGGAAAGAAGAGUUGACCUAGCGCUCUGGUUGGUUUCUCCUAGCGAUUUUCUUCUCCAGGGAUGAGCUUUGUCAUCGUAAAGCUGUACUAGAAACCUGCUUUGCUCGUCCUGACGCAUACGCACACAUAUGGGACACAUGAAACGUUUACUCAUGUCGUGUGAGUUUUGAGGUCGUCCGUGUGUUGGGACGCACGUUGUCACGACAAUGGACCUGAUCCCGUGGGCAAGUCUUUCAUUGCAACUCUAGGUCGUACGAUGUGGACCUAUUUUUCAUCGUUGUAACUCCUUUGUAACAUUUUUAUAGAUACAUAGA